GACAUGGGUUUCGCUCGCUGUCAGGUACAGUCGAUCAAAUCGCGAAAGAAACCUGAGCAGCAAUGAUCCACCGUGCCACCGUCGCGCAGGAAAAAAGUUGUCGCAUUUGUUCCGUUCCUUUGCAGCCCUGGUGAAAAGUAAGGGGAAAAGAAAGCACAGUUCCGUAAUAGGUGCAUCCCGCACCGACUGGUACGAGUUGUACUGUGAAUGACAAGAGCGAAAAGUGCAUACGCAGCGGAAUGCACUGCGGAAGCGCGUGUUUUUCUUGCGUUAGCGUACGCAGAGCGCACAUUUGCAUUGUAUUCUAAUGCGCACUGCGUUUCAGACACCUGCACAAAAUCAUCCAACAACGUCUGCUGCGCGAUCUGCGCCGUGUUUCGCCGCCGUGCGUUUAUGUGUGUGUGUGUGUAGAAGUGUGAUCCAAGUUGGCCUCCCGCUUCUUUUGUGAAUUGCUCUAAAAGCGCGUGUUUAUGAAAUUAAUUCAAGUGUAUUAAGCAGAAUGUUUCUUUAGCUCCCGGUUGAGGCUUUUUGUUUUCUUUUUCUGCAGACCGUUUUCCAACGACGUAAAUACAGUGUAAAUGUGAUGUCUCAUCCGUGUGCUGCUAACGGUGGUGGGGUUUGUUAUUAAACGAUUCUAUCCCCUCCCGCGCACUCCCACUCCGGAUGGCUACCGGAUGAUGGAUUAGAGAGUGUUCGGUUCUUGCGCUUUGUGUGCCACCUGUGUGCCGUUGUUCUCGUCCCUUGCCCGCGCAUGGUGCGUAACAUGGCACUGUCCAUAGACGAUCCGAAUCCGAUUGUACAGCGCAGUUGAGUGUGAGUGAGUAAGUUCAAAAAUUCGAACGGGACCCGAGCCGGAAACGGCAAACCAACCACCUUGUCCGCGCACCAUCACCACCGCUUGAAGAAAAAAAUACUGUGUGGUCGGACGAUUCGAGAAACAACUACCCCUAAGUUUCAAAAAAGGAAGCACCCGCUAGCGGAACGGCACAAGACAACACAAGAAGGAAACCCGCGAGCAAAAGAAAGAAAUCAAACGUUAUAUGGUUUACUAAAACAGCGACGACAGAGGAGAGGUACGAUAAAAAAAACAGCAGCAGCAACACAACAAAACCGCCAACAAAAUGAGCUGGUUACGAUCGAGCCCGCUGCGGCAAAGUUUCAGCAAAAGCGGCAACAACAGCAACAGCAACGGCGGUGGCAGCGCGAAUGACCGUUCGCGUUCCGGUGCCGGGGGCGGCGGGCUGUCGUCGGUGAUUCGCCCGUUCGAUGCAACCGAGUGCGAUCCGAAGGCCUGCUACGACAGUUUCUGCAUCCACUGGCAGCAGGCGUACGAGAUCAUACAGCGGUCCGAGAACUAUCGCAGCCAGUCGCACGAUGACGUGCUGGGCGUGGUGACACAUCUAGACCACAUGGUAACGCUGCUGCUGGUGGAGUUGCACCACUGCAACAAGCUCAGCCUGCCGGGACAGCCCACGCCGCCGGCACCCUGUCUGGAGCAUCUGCUGAGCGAAAACCUACUGGACAAGCUGUACGAGUGGGGCAUCAAGACGGGCCGAUACGCAAACGCAGUCCGAUUGGAGCAGCUCAAGCUGUACGAGCAAUUGGUGAGUCACUCGCGCCAUCAGCUGCUGGUGCAUGAACCGUUUCUUCGGCCGCUGCUGAAGCUGCUGGCCUCGAGCCAGAACGAAAUCUAUCCGCCGGACGUCGAGAAGCGGCUGGUGAUACUGCUCAAUCAGCUGUGCGUGGUGCUGAUGCAGAACGUGCACCUGCUCGAUCUGUUCUUCUUCUCCACCACGCAGACGCAGCAAAGCCACCACGCUAGCAACGGUGGCCACACGAACUUCAUCAUCUUUUCGCUGCUGAUACCGUACGUCCACCGGGAGGGGUCGCUCGGUCAUCAGGCACGGGACGCCCUGCUGCUCUGCAUGGCGCUGUCGCAGAAGAACUCGAACGUCGGCACGUACAUUGCGACGUACUCGUCCAUCUGUCCGGUGCUGGUGACCGGGCUCGGUGGGCUGUAUUCGCGCCUGCCCAACCAGAUCGAAAUCAAAACCGUCGACUGGUAUCGGAUCACCACGGACGACGUGACAGAGAUGCCCGAGCUGACGCUGUUCAUGAACUCGCUCGAGUUUUGCAACGCCGUGGUGCAGGUUGCGCAUACGAUGAUCCGCCAGCAGCUGCUCGAUUUUCUCUACCAGGGCUUCCUGGUGCCCGUUCUAGGGCCGGCAAUAUUGCAGACAUUUAAAGGGCAAGGUCAAUUCCAGACGAACGUUGAGUCGCAGGUGUCCGCGAUGGCGUACUUCGACCUGAUCGUACGGUCGAUCACCGAGCCGGGGCUGAUACAGAUCGUGAUUCGGUUUCUGCUGGACGAGGAAAAGUUCGACGGGCAGCGCAUACUGGACGUGCUGGUUGAGCGGUUAAACAGUAACGACUCGCGGCUUUGUAUGGUGACGCUAUCGCUGUUCGAUAGCCUGCUCAGCCUAAACUGCGAGGACAUUAUGCUCGAGCUGAUGCUCAAGUACCUGCUGCACUGCAAGCACGUACCGAUAUCGCACCGGUACAAAAUCAAUCGCGUCGAUCCGUACACGCAAGCCGUCGAGUACUUCCUCAACAUUACGCCCGACAUCAUGAAGAAGGUGAACAGCGUGCUGAGCAUCAACAAUGGGGGGCUCGCCAGCAACGGUGCCAGUAGUGCUGCGGCCGGCCAACCAGCGGUUGUAGCGACGGCGUUGGGUAACCACCGCACCCUGACCGAGCGCGGUGGAAGUAGCAGUGCCAACCUUAACGUUAGCAAAACGAUCGGUGCCAACUGGAACCAUUACGGGUUAAACACUACGACGGGCGAAACGCUGCUGGCGAACUACCAGGCGUACCUGCUCGAUGCACGCAACCGGAUCGUACAAUGCAAGCAUGCCUGUGAUCAGUGGAACAACGUGUAUCGUUACCAAAAACUAAGCAAAGCCAAUUUUACGGGUGCGCCCAACGUAGCGGCAAACGGCGGGGGCGGCGUGGGCAGCAGCGGCCAGAACAGUCUCGUCAAUCCGGAAGAUGUGCGGGCGCUAAAGGUGCAGAUGAUAAAAGAUUUUCUGCGCGAAUUUUCGAUCGAUUCUGGCAUCGGGGACUGUGGUGAUAGUCUGCAGCAGCAGCAGCAGCAGCAACAGAAUCAUCAUCAUACAUCAGUGACGGGAACCAGUUCGUCGGCGUCGAGUGCAAUAAUGUUCGGUGGUGGUUCGAUCGGAACGUCCAGUGGCAAGCAGCUGGAUAGCCUGCAAUCGAUCGGUGAUAGUAGUGGGUACGAAAGUUUAAACGUAUUCUCCCAAACGAGCAACGACCUGGUGGCACCAGGGACGAUGCCACAGGAGCCACAGCUGAAGCAGCAGCAGCAGCGUAUCGAUGCGUGGAAGGUGUCGAGCGUGCGGGAGGAGCCGAUCGGUGAUUUGGAUCUGUCGGAGGAUCUUUUCGCUCAGGGGACCGUUAGUUUAGGUCCCUUUUUAACUGCAAUCUGGGGCAAGCUGCAAACGUUUACCAGCAACUGCUUGUAUGUGAAUUUGCAUCUCACAGGAUUGAUCACUCACCUGACGCUCUUUCCGUUGCCAUUGCUGCACUCUAUACUGCUGCGGCCAGAUAUACCAACCACGUCCGAUACACCGUCCUUCCAUCAGGUGCUGAAAAUACUGAAGCAACAGAUCGAUGCCGAACUGCCGGACACGGACGAAUCGCUCGAGAUCGUCGACAUGGCCCGGUCGUUCCUGGUCGACCGUGAGUUCCGGCUGGUGAACAUGCGCAAGAACGCGAUCGAGUCGGCCGCUAGCGGCAAGCUGCUGAACGGUGGCGGCUCGUCCAUGACGUCCAGCCUGUCGCAAACGACACCGAUGCAGCUAACGCCCAGCUCAUCGUACGAUCCGUUCAAGCGGCAGGACGGGAAACGCAAAAGCAUCAGCAACUCGUUCUCCAACAUCUUCCGACGGCCCGGCUCCGUGGCUUCAUCGGGUUUAGCACAGAUAGUUGAAUUUUUUACCGGAUCGAGCAAUAGUAACGGUUUAAACCACUCACCGAACGGCCGACAGCAGCCCCAAUCCUACACACCCGCAUCGAUGAACGUUCCUUCUCCCGUGGGACAACAGCAGCACCAGCACCAGUCCGUAUCGUCCGUGAUGCCACCGAGCGGUCUACUUAUUGGCAGCUCCCGGCGGGAAUCGCGCGAAGCAGAAACACAGUUCAUGUCGAUCGAUACGUCAUCACUGCAGGCCGGCGGUAUUAACGCACCAAGUGGUCACGUAUCGAACGGAUCGAAUGGUAACGAUCUGCUGCACCCGCACAGCCUCGAGCACGGGCUGACCAGCUACAGUGUGGGCAGCGAGCGACAGCUAAACCUUGCCAUCGGGGCCGUACUGCUGGACGAGUGGUUGCGCGAACUGUCCGCGGUAACGCAGGAACAGUGCAUCAUGAUGCUAUCGGAGCAGGUUCAGCAGCAGCAGCAGCAGCAGCAACCACCGGCAAGAACUGCUAGCUGAAAACGAAAGUACGACGUAGAUGUGUGUCGCGAAAGAACAACGAUUUACAAUUAAAUUAACCGAACGAUACUAAGCGAACGGCGGCGCACUACUAAGUAAACGCUCCCCCUAUUCCCCCAUCUUCCCCCAUCUAACCAAGAAAAAAGCUUGUGAUUUAAUUAAGGCAUAAUAAGCGUGUGUAGAUGUGUUUUGUUUUUUUAGCAAUAACUAGUAGCUGUGAAUAUGAUAUACUGUUUUUCUUAUAUUAGAAAAAAACAGUUCAUAGGUAGGGAGGGAUCGAUCGUUUGUAAAACGAACGAGGGAAGAAAGGAAAGCGAAGGAAGAAAUAGGAAGAUAGUAGAAAAGCGAAAUAAUAGAGGAGGAAAAUUUGUCUUUUCUAAAUGUAGGGCAACCGCUUUAAUUUAACAAAAAAGUAAUUUAAUCGCGCGAAUUUACCUGUCUACUGCUUUUUUUUAAAGAAUAAUUCGCCAAUUUUUAAAUCCCCCUUUUUCUGUCCCAUUGGUGGUAAACUUUCCGUCGAAAAGACGAACCCAAAAUGAUAUUUAAACGCACUCUUUUUUAUCGGGAGAAUUUUUUCGAACAUUUUACGAACAAAUUACGCAACACAACUCAUAAAUGUCCAAAACUAAUCUUUUACAAGUACCAUUAUUCGUUGCGAAUGCGGAAUUCGCAAUAUUGAUAGGGGUUUAGUGCCCUUUAUUACCGUUUAGUGUAACAAGUAAAUGCUAUCCUAACGAACAAGCGAACAAGGCCAAACAAAGAGAAACUAUUGCAACCUGUUGUUGUAACUGUACUAAUAUACUGUAUAGGGUAAUAUAAAAUGGGGGUAACCGUUA